AGUAACGCAGAAUUUUGCAUCUCUUUUACUUAACCAGAAUCAUCAUCGCUCUCUGUUUCUCUGCAACUUCUUUUUUGUUCUCUUUACAGACAAACUCUCAUUAUUUACUUCUUCUGAUCCAUUAAUUACAUUGCCAUUUCUGGUUAUCGAUUCCUUGUUACCCUGUUCUUGCCUCCUGAACAGUUCGGCUUCGAUGCAAGAUCAAGAUUGCUGUUCUAGCCCCGGUGAAGCGCAAUCCAUUCCGGAAUUUACCUUCAUUUCUCCUGAUAUUGCAAUGGAUAACUACUGUGAUUCACCAGAACUCUUCGAUAUCAAGUGUUCUAAGUCUAUGGAGCUUUCCUUCGAAAGUAGCUUUUCUGGAAUUGAGGUUAAUUACAAACAGAGAACUCCAUCUGUUAGAUUUUCCCAGUUGUGUGAAACCUAUGAUCCAGAACUUUCUCCAGAAUCUUCCUUUGAGUUGGCAACUCCUCCAGCUACCAGUUCUACACAAUCUGAAGAACUCCUUCAAGCUGUAAGUGUCAAUGCAGGUUCCUCAAAUGAUGCUGUGAGUUUGGAUGGGAUAAACUAUGUGGAAGACAAUUGGUUCAAGGGUGGUGAUACCAUUAGAUCUGAUGAAAUUGAACAUCCUUUAUAUCAAACAGCUCGUUUUGGGAACUUUUUUUACAGCUUCUCGUUAUUGGAACCUGGGGAUUAUGUUGUUGAUCUUCAUUUUGCUGAAGUUGUGUUUACCAAUGGCCCUCCUGGUAUGAGGAUGUUUGAUGUUUAUUUGCAGGAUCAGAAGGUCGUUUCUGGCUUGGACAUAUACGCUCGUGUUGGUGGGAAUAAGCCUCUCAUUAUAUCUGACCUCAAAACUUCUGUAGAAGUAAAAGAUUUAACCAUUAGAUUUGAAGGACUGAUGGGCAGGCCAAUUGUCUGUGGUAUUUCUGUGAGGAAAGAUCUUCCUUCCAUUGUUAAAGAAGUUGAGCUGCUCGAAGAUGUGGGAUCCUCUCGACUAGAACACUCAGAGAUUUCCAAAGAUAGUAGUGAGUUGAUAGUAAAAGAGAAUGAGCUGAUGAAGAAUGAGAUAGCAGCAGCAAGGAAACAAAUGGAGGAGCUUAGAAAGGAAAACAAUCAGAAGAGUAAGGAAUGCCAAGAAGCUUGGAAGUCUCUAAAUGAGCUACAAAAUGAGCUCAUGCGCAAGUCAAUGCAUGUUGGAUCUCUUGCCUUUGCCGUUGAGGGACAGGUGAAAGAAAAGAGCAAAUGGUUUUCCUCAUUAAGGGAUCUUACCAGAAAAGUAAAGAUUAUGAAAAUGGAAAACAUCAAAUUGUCGGAGGAGGCACUUGCAUUCAAGAGCUGCUUUGUGGAUAUGAACGAAAUGAUGACAUCCCAAAUUCAGACAGCAUUUAAGCAGCAAUUAGAUUUUCAAGAAAAUCUGAAGACCAAAUUUGUUGAAGGAGCUAAGGAACGUAAAGAACUCUACAAUAAGAUGUUGGAGUUGAAAGGAAACAUUAGGGUCUUUUGUCGGUGUAGGCCCUUAAAUACAGAAGAGAUUGCCUCUGGAGCUCCUAUGGUUGUUGAUUUUGAGUCAGCUAAAGAUGGUCAGCUGAUUGUUAAGUCAAAUGGAGGUCCCAAAAGGGUCUUCAAAUUUGAUGCUGUAUUUGGUCCUCAAGCAAAUCAAGGAGAUGUCUUUGAAGACACUGCUCCAUUUGCUGCUUCAGUUCUAGAUGGCUACAACGUUUGCAUAUUUGCAUAUGGCCAAACGGGGACUGGAAAAACCUUUACAAUGGAGGGUACUGAAGGAGCUCGUGGAGUCAAUUAUAGGAUUCUUGAGGAGUUGUUUCGCUUAACGAAGGAGCGGCAGAAGCUCAAUCGAUAUAAAGUAUCUGUUAGUGUCUUGGAAGUGUAUAAUGAGCAAAUAAGGGACUUGUUAGUGUCAGGAUCUCAGUCAGGGAACGGUAUAAAACGGCUUGAAGUAAGGCAAAUCAGUGAAGGAAUACAUCAUGUUCCUGGCAUGGUGGAGGCUCCUGUUCACAACAUGAGUGAAGUUUGGGAAGUUCUACAAACUGGCAGUAAUGCAAGAGCUGUUGGUUCAACCAAUUGUAACGAGCACAGCAGCCGAUCUCACUGCAUACAUUGUGUAAUGGUGAAAGGGGAGAAUUUGCUGAGUGGGGAGUGCACCAGCAGCAAACUCUGGCUGGUGGACUUGGCAGGGAGCGAGCGGAUAGCUAAAGUAGAAGUACAGGGUGAACGUCUCAAGGAAACACAAAACAUUAACAGAUCACUUUCUGCACUUGGGGAUGUCAUAGCUGCUCUUGGGACAAAAAGUCCACACGUUCCUUUUAGGAACUCUAAGCUCACUCACUUGCUUCAAGAUUCACUAGGGGGAGAUUCAAAGACACUAAUGUUCGUACAGAUCAGUCCAAACGAAAAUGACUUGAAUGAAACUCUUUGUUCAUUGAACUUCGCAAGCAGAGUUAAGGGAAUUGAGCUGGGUCCUGCAAAAAGACAGCUUGAUAUGUCUGAAUUCCUUAAAUGCAAGCAAAUGGCACAAGCUUCAAAGCAGGAUAUGAAGGGUAAAGAACUACAAAUGAGGAAAAUGGAAGAAACAAUACAUGGGUUUGAGUUGAAAAUGAAGGAAAAAGAGCUGAAAAACAAGAAUCUACAAGACAAGGUGAAAGAACUUGAAGCGCAGCUUCUUGUUGAAAGGAAGCAGCAGCAGCAGCAAAUAAAGGUUAAUACUCGCCCACUAACUGAGAACAACGGCUUCAAACCAUCAUUCUACCCUUUUCCUGGUGGCAUCAGUGAUGGAACAGAGAAGGAGAACAAUCCAGGGAUGGCUGAGCUAUCUUUUGUGCCAAUGAAGAGGACAGGAAGAGCGUCGAUUUGCACAAUGGGCCGACGUGUACCGACGGCGCUCGAACCGAGGAGAAAUUCCCUAAUGCCUCUACCAAGCAUGCCAAGCUCAGCUCAUCUGCCAUCAGCAAAGUUGAUAGAGGAAGAUGAGAGCAACUGCGAGAGUCCUAAUGAGAUAAAGUGUGUGAGAGGAGGAAGCGUUCAGAAGAAGAAGAUGCAAAUGAAACGAGGGGGAAUCAAUGUGGGGAUGGAGAAGGUCAGGGUGUCCAUUGGAAGCCGAGGAAGGAUGGCGGCAGCACACGCACACAGGGUGCUGCUAGGCAAUGGUAGGAGAGCAGCUAAUGACACUCAAAGUAAGAGGGAAAAGGAGAGGGGUUGGAACAUGGGAACAAUAGUAGGGAGAAACUCAAAGUAAGAGGGAUUCUUGUUUGUUUUGUUUGUGUGUUAAUAUUCAUUAUGAUGAUGAUGGUAUCAUCCAACUUGAUCAGUUCAUGGUCUGUGUGUUCGCUAGAAAACUCGAUCGUUUAUGUAAUUCGAAGAGUGUAAAAUGUAGUUGUAAGAGUUCAAGCUUACCACAAGUAGAUAUUGUUCA